CUGCGGCCAGACAUUGGAAUGAAACCUACUGUCAUUGAUGUUGACAUCUAUGUUAAUAGCAUUGGCCCAGUGUCAUCAAUAAAUAUGUUGCUUCCACCUUUAGGAGAUCACCAACCAGAAACUAACAAAAAGGCUUCCAAGAUGGAGCCAGGACUGAGCCCAUUGGAGCUCAUCGCAUGAUGCAGAGCUACUGUGUCCUAGGAUGGAAGGACACAGUAGUAGAAGUGUCCUAGGACAGAAUCCUGAGAAUGCUACCCAUAUUCUCAUUUGGCACCCUGACUAUGAGAGAGCAUCUAACUUUUCAGGAGAAAAAAACACACACCAUCGCAACCAAGAAGCUAGUGCAUAAACUUUAAUAAAUAACAAGUCAUUCAACAAUAUAAUGUGCCAUUUUUAAAAUGGGUAACUAACUAUCUCUCCUUGCCCCCCAAAUAAAGGAAAUACAAACCUCCUGUGAUUAUUUAUAACUUCUAAAAAGACAAGGAUGGUGGUAAAAAGAUUAAAUGCAUCUUGUAAUGUUUAUAUGUUUUCAAGCUGGCUCUGAUUUACAGAAACCCCACCAUUGGGUUUUCUCAGCAAAAUUUAUUUAGGAGAGAUUUGACAUUGUCCUUUUCUGAGGCUGAGAGAGCAUGACUUGCCAAAGGUCACUCAGUGGAUUUUCAUGGCUGAGCAGAGAUUUAAAUUUCUGCCUCAUAGAGUCAUCAUCCAACACUCAAACCACAAUACUCCAGUGACUCUCUGAAAGACAUGAGCUAUAUUGAAACAAGUUUGGAAAAAAUAUUGCCCAUUGGCCAUGUAUGGCUAUCCAGACCUAUUUUUGUGGUUUUCAGUGUCCCCUCCUCCACCUCUGAUCAUUUUCCCAUCCAAAAUGCAUUUUUAAAAGACAUGUACUUGCUCCAAAAAUCCCCCAAAACUCUGUGGAGGGGUAUGCCGAGGGCAAUUAGGUUCCCAGGGAAUCAAACUAUUUUCUUUAUGUGUGUGUGUCCUCAAAUGACCUCAAAGGGAGCGAGGGACAUUUUCCCUACCUUUGAACCCACCCUAGCUAAUUUGGGCCCAAUACAAGCUUUUUUUCUAGCAGGAAAGGAACAAAAAGUUACUUCCAAUAGCUUCCUUUAUUUAAAAAAGGCAUUUAGAACCUAUAUUGGCUCAAUGUGAACUCAAAACAUGGUGGGACUGCCCCCGUGUCGCCUAUAAGGAUUUUGGACAGAAAAAAUUGUUUUGUUUGUUUUUCUGAGAGUAGGUUGCACUGGCCUUUCUUAGUGGAGAAGUAGGGGUAAUGUGGUCUCAUACUCUUCCACAGCUUCUGAUUUUCAGAAUCAUGAUACUUUGAAAUGUGGCAGAAACCUAUUAUGUCUCAUGCUGCAAAACUAAAAUGUAUAUUGGUUAGAGGACCUGUCAAAUGGUUAAAUGAUCUUAUUACUGAUCUUCCAAUUGAUGAAUGAGUUCACUUAAUUGACUAGUCAGUCCUCCAUAUCCACAGAUCUAUGGCUUGAAAAUACCUCCCACCCCAACCCCCCAAAAAAAUUGCAAAAAGGAAAGCUUAGUCUUACCAUUUUACAAUGCCAUUAUAUUCAGUGGAAUCUGAGCAUCCAUGGACCUUGUAGAUAGGGUGUGAUGGGGAAGUGUUGCCAUGCUGGAGCAAUAUGGGGAGUGACAGAGUUGCCCCUCACACUUGCCAUUUCGCCACAUUUGCUGGCGAAAUGGCAUGGGUGGGCUUCUCCAUGUAAUAAAGUCAUAAGUUAUUAUGCUAAUUCCAGGACACACACACACCAUGUUGUUAGAAAGUUGAGUUUGAAUGCUUGAGCAGCACUUUGGAAAUAUUUGAAUAAGUGUAAGAUAGGUGUAAGAUAGGUUAUACGCUAUAGUACAAUUUACCCAUGAGUAAAUAUGCUUUGGGCCCCUGGUGGUGGCACAGUGUGUUAAAGUGCUGAGCUGCUGAACUUGCAGACCGAAAGGUCCCAGGAUCAAAUCCCAGGAGCAGUAUGAGCGCCUGCUGUUAGUCCCACCUCCUGCCAACCUAGCAGUUUGAAAACAUGCAAAUGUGAGUAGAUCAAUAGGUACCACUCCGGCGGGAAGGUAACGGCGCUCCAUGCAGUCAUGCCGGCCACAUGACCUUGGAGGUGUCUACGGACAAUGCUGGCUCUUUGGCUUAGAAAUGGAGAUGAGCACCAACCCCUAGAGUCGGUCACGAGUGGACUUAACGUCAGGGGAAAACCUUUACCUUUUAAAUAUGCUUUGGAUUGCACCCCUCCCUCCUCUUCUGUCAUUAUGAGAUUUUUUUUGUUUUUGUUUCUAUUAAUAUGUCAGCCUUGCCUUUUUAAAAAGCAGCUGAAUGGAGUCAAAUUUAAAGCAAUUAAAUAUUUCAACCAAUUUGAGAAGGUAUUCUUGUAUUGUGGCAUUAGUGUUCUCAGGUCAGCUAAUGGGAAGCAAUUCAGUUGUCUGGGUGACUGCAAGUGAUAUCUCAGAAAUGUGACAUUCCUUUUCACUUGCUUAAACAUUGAGGCUACAUCAAUUAUUCUGCAUUAAUUGUAAAACGGCAUUUGGUUAUUAUGUUGCAAUGUAUACAGCUCUGUAUCAUAUAAUGACUGUAUAGUCAAUAGAGGAACAAUGCAAUGAAAUAGAAGACACCUGUGAUGCCCUGCAAUACAGAACAAUUCCCAUAGCUACAUGGAUAUGUGGAAAUGUGGAUAGUAGCACACCCUAUUGAAGUGGCUUCUGGUCCAGGAAUACCAUAGAGUCAUGUUGGAGGACCUAGAAAAUGCAUAGAAAGAAUAUAUUUUAUUAGAUUUGGAUAAAUGAAACCGUGGAUACUGGUCCCAUAGUUACGGAGGUGGUUCUGUACUAUCAAAAUACUAUAUAUUUUAUGGAUAUAUCACUUAUCUCUUUUCUCUGUUCAGCUGGGCAUUGUUGCUUUUUGUUCCCCAGGUACAAAGUUCCAAUUGAUUUUAAAGGGUUCUUUUUUCUUUCUACAAAAUCACCAUGGAAGAAUUGCUCAGAUUAACAGCUAACUGCUUCAUUUUCUAGCCAUGCAAAAUAGCAGUCCCCCAGUGAUACAAAUGUCAGAACUGCUUUAAUACAUUUGUUUUAUUGUAUAAUUAACAGGAAAUUUCCUAAGUAAUGCUGUCUUUCCAUUCCUUUCAGCUGGCAGCCAAUCUAUGUCAGUAUAUAAUUAAGCCUGGAUGUGAGAAACAGAUUGUGUGUAUACGCAGGUAUAAAUUAAUUUCAACAAAUGGAGAAUUCCCUUUUGAUAGCCUUUCAGGGUCCAGUCCAUUAAACAGUUGCAUCUCAACUCUAUAUACAAGUGUUUACUCAUAAGUCACCUGAAGUAAUAGGGGGAAUUUGACCUUAUUGAAUGAUUAUGCUCUCAUUUCAGAAAAAAAAUAUGCAGGAAAAUUUCCUUUAUCUACCAUCUUUCAGAAUGUUGUGCAAUUCGAUAAUGUUCCUGCUUCUAUGCCACCUCCAUGUAAUGAAGUCCUUAUUCAUCACAUAGAGGUUGCAUAGAAGCAGGACCAUCACCAAAUAGCGUAACACUGUGUGCAAUUCAUUCCCAAUCUGCCACCUCCCGGCCACAAAUACAUCCUAUGCUAUUGAUAGGAAAACCCAUAAAUAGCCCUUGCUCAUGCUACAGUGCCAUAAUUUACCUCAUGCAACAAUACCCAGCCACUUCUGCUCCAUUAUGCUAGCACAGAAGUAAUAUCAGAGGGCAGGAUUGUCUUGGUUCUUUCAGCAAUUUAAGGGGAUUUUUUUACUGAACUUCACUGAAAUUGCAAAGUUGCUAUAUUGAAAUAAGCUUUAAAAACAACUGGAUGAAUGGAACUGUGGAGUCUGUGUAUAUGUGAAGUUACACCCAUUAUUGGUACUGUUGCACCACAGUGGGAUUUCACCUUGCUCACAGCACCCACCAAGAAACCAAACAUGAAAGUCAAAGCAGUUUAUUAAAAAAAGUGCAAAACACAUAUAAAAAAGGGAAAAACACCAUGGAGUAAAUAAAGGGUAAAACCAAAGAGUUAAUGUAGAAAGCAAAAGUUACAAGCAAAAAGUCAGUUCAAAACUGUUCACAGGAAACAAUGCAAAGGUAGAAUAAAUCCAAAACAAGGCUUAAAACUGGAACAUGAAUCCCUAGGCAAUACCCAGAAAACCAGGAGCAAAACAUGAAUAUGAAUCCCAAAAUAUUCCAUGGAACUAGAUACCAGAGAAUGAACUUGAUUCUUGGCCUGAAUGAGGAACAAGACUAGGGAAAGCAUUGCUAGAUGCAAAAUCCCCACACAGCUUCCUCUGGUUUAAGGACUACAAAGCAUGAAUGCAUUCUUUUGACUUUGAAGGGCUGAUUUAGUCUAUUUCUCUCACACACAUGAAUUCUGUCUAAUUUUCUGCACCUGGAUCCUUCCCCCCUCAGAGCCAGUCUUGAACAUAUAUCCAAGUUAACUGCUCCCCCGAAUGAGCUAAUGUUGUCAGUGCCAGUGUCAGCAACCUCCCUGGCUGCUGGAUUCCAAAACAUCUCUAUUUUCACAUGGAGACACAGCCUGUUGCUAUAACACCCCCCUCCUUUCCCCUCUUCCCGAGGGGAAGAUCUGAUUCUAGCAUUCUCCCACUCUCUGAAACUGCAUCUGAUCUCUCAAGUCCUGAAACCCUAAGCCCCUCGGCUCCAUCAGGUUGAACAACAGCAGGUAAUGUGACUGUGGGAUGACAGAUCACUAAAUUGCAAUGGUUUUUAAAGAUGAGAAUAAUGGCAACUCUGGUAAGUUGCCAUUAAUCUUAAUCAUACAAUUGGUACAAGAUAGCAACGUCAUUUGAUAAAGUCCUAAAUAUGCCAGGGUUAUUCUUCACAUGCUGAACUUGCUGACCGAAAGGUUGGUGGUUGAAAUCCAGGGAGUGGGGUGAGCUCCUAUUGUUAACCCCAGCUUCUGCCAACCUAGCAGUUCGAAAACAUGCAAAUGUGAGGUACCGCUCUGGUGGGAAGGUAACAACGCUCCAUGCAGUCAUGUCAGCCACAUGACCUUGGAGGUGUCUAUGGACAAUGCCGGCUCUUCAGCUUAGAAAUGGAGUUGAGCACUAACCCCCAGAGUCGGAUACAGCUAGACUUUAUGCCAGGGGAAAACCUUUACCUUUACUAUUCUUCUCACUCACACACAAAAUGUAUCAAAAUGAACUUUUAAAAGUACACUUUCAGAGCAAAUACAUUUUAGAGUUAUAUUUUGAGACAAAGGUAAUUUACAAUGCAAUACUACAUCGACUCAGAACUAAAUCCUAUUAUGUUCAAUGAAGUUUACUACCAGGUAAGUAGGAAUACAAGUAUACUUCAGUUAACAAAGUAGAGGUGUUCCUAGACAUCACUUUAACAGAAAAUAUGGAACCAGAGGCAAAAAUAUAAAAUGAAAUGAAAAUACAUAGUUCUAUGACUUUCAGCAUUUUUUUAAACUAACAAUACACACCCGUGAAAUGAAACUAAUAGAUCAGGUAAGCAUUGCAAAUGUAGGAAAAACAUUUCCAUUCUUCUACAGAUACGUUUGAAAGCUGCUUCCAAAAUGCAUUCGGGGAUGUUUUAUUUCUUCCACCAACCUCUUCUUUUCUUAUGAUUUCUAGUUCUGUGACUGAACUUAUAAGUCUAUGCUUUUUAAAAAUUCUAGAGAUUUUGAGAAUGGUUUUUCUUUGUGCCUCUUUUCUAAGCUUUGCUGUUUAUACACAAUAAGUCCUGAACUGCAAAUAGUCUUCAAAAAUGGUGUCGUUUUCAAAAAUGUUUGUCUAGCUAGAAGAAAAAGUAUAUAAUGACUAGCUGCUUCAUUCAAAAAUGAAAUUAGUAAAGAAUUGCAUCUCUUGUUAGGGCAAUGAAAGUAGAUGAAAUGGAUCACAGUAAUGACGUUUGAGAGGAAGAAAAGAGAAGUAGGUAGUUGUUUUCAAAUUGCAACAUACUAGUGAAACAGUUGGAGAACAUCUGUAGCAGAACUGAUAUGGCUGUUCAUGAGGCAUCUUGAACUGCAUGGCAGAGACAUUCAAAUUGACAUUUAUGAUUAGAAACACAGUCUAGGAAUCUCGCUGCCUAAUGAAACAUGCAAAGUAAUACAUUUUAUUCCUCGCUCUAUGUCAAUAUCUAGAAUAUGAGCUUCUGAAAAGUGUAUGCUUUAAUAGCACAUCUGAGUGAUGACAAAUAUUUAUUGUUAUUGAAGAAACAUAUCAUAGCACACUGAAGUAACAUUAUCACUUCUGAGACAAAAAAAGCAUAGUGGGAGAGAAAUUAAAAUCAAUGAUUUGUACUUCUUCCAAGAAGAAUGAACAAUAGCACUUUCAAAUAUGAUUUGAUUUCUUGGGGAAAAAAUUACACUGUCUUGAUCUGACUCUUCUAGUGCUUUCAUUUUUGUUUCUGCUCUUACUAAUUAAUCAAAAUUAGAUUUCCUGUUAAGUUUCUAAUUGAAGUCAACUUGUCUACAAAAUCGGAUCUAUAACUUUCAUAUUUGAGGGAGGCAGUUACACUGGGUUUUUUGAACCACACCAAGAAUAGAAGUUGAAGCUGAUGCAAUUCUAGCAUAGAAAAAGUGUCAGACUAUUUUGAAAUAGUCUGCCUAGUCCACACAAACUUUGACAGAGGUGCCAUCUAAUUUCAUUUAAAUAUGAAGACCCUUUUCUUGUCAACAUGAUUAUGAAAUGUGAUAGAAAAUCCAAAAACAUUUGUAAGAUUUGCCAAAUUUCAGAGUGGUAUUUUGCAUCCCUUAUUGCGUCAAAAUUUACCACUAACACUUGUUUGAGAUGUGAAAAGUCUAUGAUGUGAAAGAUAUUAAAGUUCAAUCCCCCAUACAUUUAAUCAUUAAAUUAAAAAAUAGUAAAUGGCCACAAAGAGGGUGGUGUAAUAAUAGAAAAAAUACUUUUUCCUCUCCUGUCACUGCUAACCAUGUAAAUAAUGGGGAAACUGGUGAGUUACUUGAAAUAUGUUUUGUAGGAAUGACAUUUCAGGGGAAGUCUACUAAUUUUAGUUUGGCUUGGACUUCAACGCAAGCCGGAAAAGAAUAGGUGGAGUUUUUUAAAGCUCACACCAAUUUGGGAGAUUAUCAUACGAGGCUUAUAUCAUGCACUGUGACAAGCCUUGUGCAAUAAUCUCCCAAGGAGUUCCUUCACAGAAAAUUGAAAUGCUCAUCAUCACAUGGAUUCAUUUUUAAAACACUUCAAAGCAGUCUGCAACUGAUUCGCAGGCUGGGAAAAACCCUUUUUUUAGGCUUCAGAAAAUGCUUCCUAAAUGUGUUCAAAGUAUUUUCAGGUGUUGUGAUACAUUCAAAGCACUCCUUCAGUGAAUUUGGGGAGACACUGACAUUUGAUUGAAGGCCCUUUGAAUGGCUUUGCUUCCCUGCCCCCAAAUUGCUUGCUGUUCCAGCUCCGGCAAGCAGCCUGAGAGGACAUCUAACUGCAGUGCCAUAACUUCCCACUUUCACACCAAUCACUUCUUUUAAAAAAUAUAUAUUUUUAAUUUAGGUAAAUGCAGUUUGUCAGUAACUCCAGGCACUGAUAGGGAUUUCCUUUCUUGAUUAAAUGUUUUGAUACUGUUUUCAAGUUUUCUUGUCCAUUUUGCAAAAAUUCAAUGUCAUGUGCGCUCUUGCAGCCCUAACCAACAUUUGCCAACCCAAAAUAUACCUCCUUCUUGCAGAAUACGCAAAAUGGGGAAAAGCUUGUAACUGCAAAAUGCAUUUUUAUUAAUAUUUUAAGUUUUUAUAGGGACAGUGCUUGUGAACUUGGAAAAUAGAGAAGUAAUUUCUCAAGAUUAUGAUUUCUUGAAGUUGGUUCACUGUAAAAAAAAACUUUUAAAAAGCAGCAGUAAUGAAGAGGGGCAAGGCACAAAUCGAGAAAUGAAGUCCCAGCAAGCUAAAAGUGCUAUCAGAUUUCUGAAAGCACUUUGCAGAAAUGAUUGUGUGAUAACAACAGCUACUAUCCUAGCAUGUUCCAGCUCAAAGCAAGACAUGUUUGCAAUGUCAGGGCUUGUAUUUAGAGAAUCUCAUGUAUUAAACUUCUUGGAAAUAGGUUUUUUCUUUGAGCUUGGGUUAGGAAAACAUCACUGGUAUUUCUGAUUACUGCUCUUGUUCUAACCAAGCAAGGAAGAUAAGCCAGCAUAUGUUGGAUGUAGUCCUCACCCCACUGCCACCCCCUUUUCUUGUAUUUCAUGUUUUUUUAUUGUAAAUCUGAGAGCAUGGAAUUGUCAAAUUAACAAUUUGUGACUCACUUUGGGAGCCUUAUGGUAAUCAGUAAUUGGCUUCCCUCCCUGGCUCAUUGCAAUGUAAAAACUGGAGCGGCAUUAGUGUCAACAAGUAUCUUUGUUGCAUGGAUCUGCACAAAAUAAAGCAAUACUAACUUGAUGCCAAGUAACAUGUCAUAUUCAGAUCGCAUAUUACAGUUGAGGGCAUCUUUUAUUCACAUUACUGAUAUUGUUUUAGCACACUUUCUUGUUUUAGUACAUUUUAUAAUUCAGUGCUGUGGAAUUAUGGCAGUUGUAGUUGGAGAGGUAUCAGCACUUUUUGGCAGAGAAGUCUACAGCCAGUGUAAAACUAUAUCUCCCAUGAUUCCAUAACAUUGAGCCAUGGUGGUUAAGGUGUCAAUGCAGUGUAGAUGCACCUUAUUUGUCAAAAUAUUUGUUGUUCUAGUGUGCUCUCAACUCAUUUACAACUUAUGGCAAUGUUAUCACAUGGUUACUUUCAUUGCCCUAACAAAAUUCCUCAGAUUUUCUUGAGUUAGGUAUGAAUUAGGUGCCAGCUUUUGGUACACGUAACAAGAUAAUAUCCUGUGGUGCAUAGGAUAUAACUAAACAGCUGGGACUAGCUCCUUAGCAGUUAUGUAUUGCAUUGAACUGUAACUUAUGGGUGAUAAAUGACAGUGAUAUAGAUUAUAGAAAUUUGAAAAAUAAAUUAAUGAAAAUAUUUGAAGGACACACACACAUAAAAAUGCUCAACUGUUUCAAAUCAAUUUCUCAUUGUCUUGCUUACUUGGUUGUCUUGCUUAGUUGUAUGAUAUCCCUGUGGUUUCAGCAACACAGCAAAUGCUAUUAGUGUAGAAUAUACUUCCAGCAGUAGCAAGAGUGUCCCAGAAUAGUAUUCUGGAACAAAUUUGCUCUGCAGGAUAACCUUAAUCCCCUGUUGCUAAAAUAACAGUUUGGACUUCAGCUGGGAGAAUACAGGCUGUUGAUUUGCACUACACAGCUCCUUUGGUCUGCCUUAUAUUUGGGGAUCCUUCUCACUUAGGAAUUGAACUGUUCACAGCCUGUAAGAUUAUUAGGCUAACAGCUGUGUCAGACAGUUGGUCCAUGGGAUAAUGAGACAGGAACAUUUCCAAGAUAAAGUUUCUAUUGUGAAAGGGACAAGUUAAUUCCAAGAUGAAAGGAGAAGCAUUCCUGUUGUUAUCACCAAUGUAUUUCUCCACCAGCAUGGAGUGUGACAAUCUGGACAAAAGAGUGGGAUAUAAAAACAUAUGGUGAUAGUACUAGUAGGAAGAAUAAGAAUACCAAUAGCAACAUCACCUGUCAACCAGCACUUAUGCUCAUGGGAAGCUUUCAAAAGGUUACAAUUCCUUUCUCACACGAUUUGCUUUGAAAAGCAAGGCCUGGAUUCAGACAUAAACUACCCACGCUAAUGUAAAGGUAGGAGAUCCAUGUAAGGAUCCAACAAGUUUAUUUUUUUCUUUCUUUUGUUUUCUUUUGGAAUGAAGUGCAAUCUUUAGAAGAUGUGCUCAGAAGCAAGUGAAGGGCAAAUGGGGAGAGAUGCUCAACACUCUGGGUCUUUCCUCCCUACUGGUAAAAAACAUAAAUAUUUCUGGUCUUUGGGCCAAUAGGAAAGGGAUUAGGUAUCCCAAUUCUUUUUCAGCUUUUGUUUGUAGGCCCUUGUGUCUGCCUUUCAUUAAAAAUAACAGGAGAAAAUGUUGAGGUCCUUGACACAGGUUGUUUCUAAUAAUGACCACCUCUAUACUGAACAAUGUUUGAAUUAAAUAUUUCAACCAAUGGUCAUGUCUAAAUGGGCAAAAUAAGGUGGACUCACCUCUGAGCAAUGACAGGGAGUCCAGAAAAUGCAUGGUUUGAUUCAUAGCAGAAUUGCUGUAUCCAGCCAUUAAUAAUGUAGGUCAAAAGAAAAUAGGACACCAGAAUUUUGGAGACACGGACACUUGGAUGGAGCCCCCAUUUAGUAGAUGACCUCAAGAUGGCGGCGCGCUAACAGCCUCCAUGAUCAGCUCCGCUGGGGAGGAUCUUGAACCGCUGCUAGUUUCUAGUUUGGGGGCCUCCAUCGUCACCAACCAGAGGGGUGAGAUUGGCACGUUGUCUUGGGGGUUUUUUGGCCUACCGUGAGAGCUAUUGGAACUAUCCCGAGGGCUGUGGUGGAUCGGCGAGGAGAGGAGGAGAGAGAGAGGAGUCCCGUCCGCCAUUCCAGCGGUGCGAUCGGAGAGCGUCUUGAGCUUGCAGCGUGGAGUUGCAGCAUGGAGUUGCUGGCGGCGGCAGGAGGGGUGAGCAUUGGACGACUACCCCAGCGUUGUUGUUGGUGUGUUUGAGGCCGCACCGGACCGGGUGGCCUCUGCUGGGCUUCCUCCCACCCUCGGCCGGGCGACCUCCUCGGAUCUGUUCACCGGCCUGGGCCCGUCGACCUGGGAGGCCUAUCUCCAUCUCAGCUCCAGCUGGCUCCUCUUCGGCGGUGUGGGGCGCGCCGGACCGGGCGUCCUCUUUCGGCCCUUGUCAGCUCCCACGGAAAGGGCUAGGCCUCAGAGGCCGCGCCGAACCGGGCGGCCUCCCCUCCCCCCCUGGGCCUUCCCCUCGGCCUUAAUAAAGACAACUUUGGAAGCCGCGCCGAACCGGGCGACUUCCAGGCAUUGGCCGUAGCCUUUUGCUGGCUGCUCAGGGAGGAAAGGUCUAGACCUCCGGAGGCCGCGCCGAGCCGGGCGGCCUCCCCUCCCCCCCGGGCCUUCCCCUCAGCCCUCGUCGUUCUUCUGACCUCGUGUUGCUGGGGAAGACACCCUCGUCAGCUCUGCUCUCCUGCCUCUGGAGCCUGCAUCAAACUAGGUGGCCUCGAGACAUCUUUAAUUGGGAGGACUUGUAUGAAGCAGCAUUUAUAAGAUCCUCACAGUUUGCAGCCUGCCAAUUUUUUUUUCCCUCCUUUGUGUGUGUGUGUUUGUGUAUGUGUGUUAUACAGAGUCGGGAGUGAGAAAGUUUUUAUCUUUACUCAGGGAAACAGUAUUGACCGUGAUAGGUAGCGGGUUCUUAACCUGGUAUUAAUGUCAUAGGAAGUAUUCACAUAGGAUUUGAGAGUACCGUGAGUUUACUGAUUGGUAAUUGAUGGUUUAGAAUGUGAAUUGAUGGUUUGUGUAUGUUGGUGUAUGUACUGUUGAGUGAAAGCUUUGACGGAAAGAGACAACAGGAUUGAGGUGCUAAUUUUGAAAGAUUAGAGUGGUAUACUAUAGGAAGGUUUUUUGUGAGAAGGUAAUAAGAAAUGAGUUGGAAGGAAACUCCGGGCAACAAUGAACUCUCGCACUUAUGUGAUCUGUUGGGAAAAUCGUUCGGUACCGUCUUGCAGCAGCUGGAAAUACUGAACGCGAAACUUGACCAUCUCUUCCAAGGAAUUUCCCUGAUUGUGAAAUAUCCUUCUCCUACAGACACUAUAACAACUAUACCAACCAGGCUUAUUAACUUGAAUGAGGAAGUAAGCACUCCGGAAGACCAGGGAGAAAUUAAGCUCAAGGAGCAGAAAGUAGUCGUCGGAUCAGGCCUGAGAGUGACUAGAGUGGAGGGUGGGUUUUUAUCUGGGGGAGUGGGUUGGGGGAGAGUGGAUGGGAAGGAAACCAACAAUGUCUUGCAGAAGCCGAACAAUGAGCUGCCCUCUGAAUUGGCCGGACAAUCUUUGGAUACUUCCUGCAAUUCUCAGCAUCUUUUACAAACAAAUAAGGUUGCAGUGGAAGUUUCAGAUUCAUUAUUGAACAGAGGCAGGUGGACUUCUAAGCGAGCAGUCCAGAUAUCUCUUGCACAAAUUUUAUCCAUAAGCUGGUCGGAGGUAAAGAUCAAGACUAUCGACUGGCUUUGUAGAGAGUAUCAAUCCUGGAACCGCUCCUUAUCUCUUAUCAUUGGCUUGGAAGAUAAAAUAUUAAGGGAAAAAUUGUUUUUGUGUGGGCCCAAACUGCAACAAUGGGGCAUCACUCUCAGGAGGGUUCUAGUAGACCCACUGAUUCGCCCCCUCGACAUCGGGCUGAGCAUUGAUAUUCAAGAUUCCCCAACUCUAAGUCAGACUUGUUCUACCUCCCAGGCCCACAACAAGACCCCACUCUUGCUUAGUCACCUUCCUAUUCAUGAUGAUGCCAAAUCAACUGUCCCCUCUCUCCCAUCAGUGGAGAGAAGCUCCUUUUUUAAACUAACAAGUACCUUUGGAGGCUUUCCUUUCCAGGACAGCUGACUAGUCCCGGUAAUUGGCAACCCCACCUAGUUCUUCCAUCAGGGGGAAGAGGGCUCUCAUGGAGGUGGCCCCAUUGAAGUGAUAUGGGGGAGGAGAAAGCACGGUCACUAUCAACCCAGGGAGAAGCGCAACAGAGUUUUUGCGACCCUGGAGAGGUUUAGGUGUGGUAGUCUUCAGGACAGACCCCCCAACCUUAAGGUCCUGCUUCUAAACGCCAGAUCCGUCAAUGGUAAAACAGCUGUCAUCCAGGAUUUGAUCCUGGAUGAGGAGGCGGAUCUGGCAUGCAUCACCGAGACGUGGCUGGAUGAGCUGGGAGGUGUGAAUCUCACCCAGCUGUGUCCUCCAGGUUUCGGGGUGCAUCAACAGGCCAGGGUUGGGGGGCGGGGAGGAGGAGUUGCGGUGAUCUUUCGGCAGUCCAUCGCCCUGAUCAGAUGCGCCGUUCCGCAAUCCCCGAGGUUCGAGUGUGUUUUCCUGAGGGUGGGAGCCCGAGACAGCUUGGGGAUUCUGUUGGUGUACCGUCCACCCCGCGACCCAGCAGUCUCUCUGUCCGAGCUAGCAGAAGUGGUCUCCAAUCUCUAAACUGAUAGUUUUGGGAGACUUUAACAUUCAUACUGAGACCACAUUGACAGGAGCAGCUCAGGAUUUCAUGGUUGCCAUGACAACCAUGGGGCUGUCUCAAGUUAUAUCUGGGCCCACACAUCAGGCAGGACACACCUUGGACCUUGUUUUUAUUGUGGAUGGUGGGACAGUCAGAGUGGAAGAGCAAAACAUUCUUCCAUUGUCAUGGUCUGACCAUCAUCUGAUCUGUUUAAGUAUCGCCGUGCCUUCUAACCUCCGCAGGGGUGGUGGACCCAUUAAGAUGGUCCGCCCCAGGAGACUGAUGGAUCCGGAUGGACUUCUGAGGUCUCUUGGGGAUCUUCCUGUCCUGGAGACUGGCGAUCCUGGCGAUGUCCUGGCUGAUCGCUAUAACAGUGAGCUAUCAAGGGCACUGGACACGAUCGCUCCCGAACGUCCCCUCUCACUGCGUAGAAUCGCGUCGACUCUUUGGUUCACCGAGGAGCUGGCUGUGAUGAAACGUAGGAGGAGGGGACUAGAGUGCAUCUGGAGGAAAUCUCAGGACGUGUCCGACCAAGCACGGGCUAAAGCCGCUAUUAAGGCUUACUCCGUGGCUCUGCGAGCAGCCAGGAAAGAUUUCACGACUGCCCGCAUAGCGUCUGCAGCCAACAGGCCAUCGGAGUUGUUCCGAGUUGUUGGGGAGCUCCUGCGGCCUCCUGAGGCCCAGGGGUUUCCUGAUGACUUGGCAACUCGGUGCAGCGAUUUCGCGCACCAUUUUGCAGGCAAAGUUGCUCAGAUACGCCGUGAGUUGGACUCCAGCUUAACUAUGGUCCCAGCGGAGGUAACCGAGGUACCUGUCUGUGCGAUCUUAUGGGAUUCUUUCCGGCUUGUUCUUCCUGAUGACGUGGAGGGGAUUCUUGGGUCUGUGAGGGCGACCACCUGCGCUCUGGAUCCUUGUCCUUCUUGGCUGGUGAAGCUGGCCAAAGAUGGGUUGUUGGAUUGGUUUGUGGCUAUUAUAAAUGCCUCCCUGGUUCAAGGGUCAGUUCCAUCCUGCUUUAAGCAGGCGGUAGUAAAACCAUUAUUAAAAAAGACCUCGUUAGACCCAUCUGUAUGUAACAACUACAGGCCAAUUUCCAACCUCCCAUUUCUGGGCAAGGUUCUGGAGCGGGUGGUUGCUACGCAGCUCCAGGAGUUCCUCGAUGACACCGAUUUUCUGGACCGCUCGCAGUCUGGCUUCAGGCCUGGGCACAGCACCGAGACGGCUUUGGUCGCCUUGGUGGAUGACCUCCGCAGGGAGCUGGACAGGGGGAGUGUGACCCUGCUGGUUCUCUUGGACAUCUCAGCGGCUUUCGAUACCAUCGACCAUGGUAUCCUUCUGGGGAGGCUCGCCGGGAUGGGACUCGGUGGCACAGUUCUGCUGUGGCUUCGGUCCUUCCUGGAGGGCCGUUCCCAGAUGGUGAAGCUGGGGGAAACCUGCUCGGACCCCUGGCCAUUGACCUGUGGGGUCCCGCAAGGGUCUAUUCUAUCCCCCAUGCUAUUUAACAUCUACAUGAAACCACUGGGAGAGGUCAUCCGGAGUUUUGGAGGGUGUUGCCAUCUCUACGCAGAUGACACACAAAUCCACUACUCAUUUCCAUCUAACUCCAAGGAAGCCCCUCGGAUGCUGAACCAGUGCCUGGCCGCUGUGGCGGACUGGAUGAGGAGGAACAAGCUGAGGAUCAAUCCUGACAAGACAGAGGCCCUCCUGGUCAGUCGCUCGUCAGAUCGGGGUAUUGGGUGGCAACCUGUGCUGGACGGGGUUGCACUCCCCCUGAAAUCACAGGUCCGCAGUUUGGGAGUCCUCCUGGAUUCAGCGUUGACGCUUGAAGCGCAGGUGUCGGCGGUGGCCGGGAGGGCUUUCGCACAACUCAAACUUGUGCGCCAACUGCGACCAUACCUCGUGAAGUCUGACUUGACCACGGUGGUCCAUGCCCUAGUUACCUCUAGACUGGACUACUGUAAUGCGCUCUACGUGGGGCUUCCCUUGAAGACAGCUCAGAAAUUACAACUGGUCCAACGCUCGGCUGCCAGAUUAAUAACUGGGGCGAAUUACAGGGAGAGAUCUACUCCCCUGUUUAAGGUGCUCCACUGGCUUCCGUUCAUUUUCCGAUCCCAAUUCAAGGUGCAGACCAUCAUAUAUAAAGCCCUAAACGGUUUGGGACCCACCUACCUUCGUGACCGUAUCUCCUACCAUAAACCUGCUCGAUCUCUGCGAUCGUCAGGGGAGGCCCUCCUGUCGCCACUGCCUUUAUCCCAGACCCGCCUUGUAGGAACUAGGGAGAGGGCCUUUUCUGCUGUGGCCCCCCGUUUAUGGAACUCAUUGCCCAUUGAAAUCAGGCAAGCCCCCACUCUUUCAGACUUUAGGAAAGAUCUAAAAACAUGGCUCUUCCGAUGUGCUUUCGGAGAGUAACUGUUACAUGCUUUUGUUACGCCCCCAUUAUUUAUCCUCUAGACUGUCUGCUAUCUUUUCCUUAGUUCCCUGUGGUUUUAUUCUUAUCCGUUUUCUUAUCCUUUUCUCACCCCGAGUUUUAACUGAGUGUCAGUGCGGCCUGCCCUGUUAUAUUGCUCUUUGGAUUUUGUGUUGUACUGUAUAUGAUUCUUUAUUGUAUUGUUGUAAUUGUAUUAUGAUAUGUUGUUUUUAUAUUGUGUUAUAUUGUAUUUUUCCCGGGCAUGGCCCCAUGUAAGCCGCCCCGAGUCCCCAUUGGGGAGAUGGUGGCGGGGUAUAAAUAAAGUUUUAUUAUUAUUUUAUUAUUGGAUCCACCUGAAUCCAAACAAAUGCUGUGGCCACACAUCCAACAGACCCAUUGCUCCAUUGCUGGAAACAAACAGCUUCCUGCUGGCAAUGUUGCUUCUGAUUAUAUCCACCAUAGCACCCAAUCAUGUGACCAGAAAUGCAACAUUGCUAGCAAGCCUUCGGAAGGGAGCUGCUUAUCACUUAUGAUGCAGGCAUGGCCCAGUGGGCCCUUGUUUGUGUAUAUUUAUAGUUAUUUUAUGUCACAGCAUGACAUGCUUGCCAUAUAUAUGUUGUGCUCCACCCUGAGUCCCCUUCGGGGUGAGUAGGGCACAAAUGUUUUAAAUAAAUAAAUAGUUGGCAACUCACCUUAGGCAAAGAACUUGGAUUUUAGUAUUUCUUGGACACUGCCACCCUACACUUAAAUGCCUGGCAGUAUGCUGCAUUGAAUUGAAUGGGCUUUACUCAUGGGUAAAUGAAAAAUGAAUGACCUCCCACUAGGACUUGAAGGUCUCUCAUUCAUGGGGUCACCUUAAGUCAAAGUUGACUUGGCUGCAAUUGACAACAAGAACAAAAAGGAAAACAUAUUACUGUAGCCAACCAUCAUUAUACUCAAACACAACAAUAUAUCUUUUGGGUCAUAUUUUUCUAAUAAUAGUAGAAUAAUAGACAUUUUGAGAAUGUUGUGGGCCUUGUGAAUCUGGUUUGAGGGAGGCUUUCUCAGAUUGGGUUCUCUGAAACCAUAGGUUUCCACAAUAUGUUGUUAGAGAUUUUCCGAGAUAUUGUGACUAAAAAAAUAUAACUGAGUAGGAAUUUUUAAAAAUAAAAAAACUGAAAUGUUUCCCCUACUUACACUUCUGUUGUAUAUCCUUUGGGAAGGGAGAACCACACAAAAACAUCAGAUUAAUAUCUUGGCUAAACUAAACAGAACCACUCCAGAAAACAUUUAUUAUAUCUACAACUUACUGAUCACACUGAAGUCUAAAUUUAAAAGCUAUGGACCUUUGUCCUGCCUGGUGAGCUAUACUAACAGCCAAUGUUUUCCAAAUAAAGAGAGAGAACCACCAGGGUGAAGACAAAUGACAGAGGCUUUAAUUACAAUCUGUAGAAGGGAUGCAAGUUAUAACAAAAAUGCCAAAAUGUACAAGAAUAAUCAUAUUGGAAUGUGUAACCACCAUUUUUAUAUAGUAAAAAUCCAUGCAUCAGCAUUAUCUCUAUUUAAUUUUCCCGCUUUUGUCUAUGACUGGCUGAGCACAGAGGCUGACUGGCCUCCCCCCUUGCUCUUGAUUAACUCAGAAAAGGGGAUAUUUAUUUUGAAAAAAGAUAGAAUGAUUUCAAAGUAUUUUAUAGUAUAAAAACAUUAUUCAUGAGGAGAGAGGGUUGGGAGAAAUGUUGCCUAGCCUUACAUACGAAGUAGUUGAAGGGCUUUUUUCUUUUGUUUUGUCUUUUACAGUAGAGUCUCACUUAUCCAACGUUCUGGAUUAUCCAACGCAUUUUUGGAGUCAAUGUUUUCAAUAUAUCGUGAUAUUUUGGUGCUAAAUUUGUAAAUACAGUAAUUACUACAUAACAUUCCUGCGUAUUGAACUACUUUUUCUGUCAAAUUUGUUGUAUAACAUGAUGUUUUGCUGCUUAAUUUGUAAAAUCAUAACGUAAUUUGAUGUUUAAUAGGCUUUUCCUUAAUGCCUCAUUAUUCAACAUAUUCGCUUAUCCAACAUUCUGCCGGCCCGUUUAUGUUGGAUAAGUGAGAUUCUACUGUACUUUGAAGCAGGGAAGCAACUCUUCCUUUCCUCAGUCCCCUGCUGAGUACAAACUACUUUUAUUUAUUUAUUUAUUACAGCAUUUCUACUCUGCCCUUCUCACACACUAAGGGGACCCAGGGCGGCUUCCAAAUAUAAAAUACAUAUAUAAAACAAUUACACUUCAAUUCAGUUUACAUUAAAUUACAUAAAAACAUUCAUAUAAAUAUACAUUCAAGGCGCAUUCCAAGUCCGAACCAAGUCUGAAAUUAUAUCUUAGAUCAUAUAAUUGUGAUUAAUGCUGCUGCUAUUGUUCAAAAGCCUGGUCCCACAACAAAGUUUUCACUCUUUUUUGAAAAGAUAGGAGAGAGGGAGCCUGUCUGAUUUCAUUUGGGAUGGCAUUCCAUAUUUUGUAUUUGAAUUCAAAUUGUGUCUACUGAAGUAAACUGAGGAAAAAGGGAGCAAAUGGGAAAAGGAGAAAAAAAACCUGAGUUUUAAUUUUUAAUUGAUAAAUUCAGAAAAUCUAACAAAAAACAAGAAUAUAAAGCAUAAGAUGUUUAAAAGCAACUGAAAAGGUGGCAUAACAAGAUCAACUGGGGCUGAGACCCCUUCAAUACUACCAUAUCAAAUCCAAAUUAUCUGCUUUGAUUUGGAUUAUAUGGCAGUGUAGACUUUGGUCCCUUCUAUGCUGUCAUAUAAAAUCCAAAUUAUAUGCUUUGAACUGUAUUAUAUGACUUUGUAGACACAUAUAAUCCACUUCAAAGCAGAUACUAUAGAAUAUCUGUUUUGAUAAUCUGGAUUAAAUGGCAGUGUAGAAGGAGCCUGACACUACCAAUUCAAGGCAGUUGAAAGAUAUGUGGUCUUCAUCUGACAUGGGUUUCUAUAGUAUGGCAUCUGCACAACUGUGAAUAUAGAGUAGAAAUCUAUAAAUGUGGACUUUGGAGAAGAAAUACUACAUGCUUUUGAGUUGAAUUUGAGAUGGCAUUUUGUGGCUGUAAGGAUUAUAAUGAAUUUUAAUAGACCCAAUGAUGUUUGCUUUCAUAAUAUUCUUGUAUAUAGUAGAUAAUUGACUCUGCCUCUGUUGUUUUGACAUUGUUGAUAAGCACUUAUGUUCUAUGCAACAUUUUAUAGCUUUUGAUGUUGAUGUUAUGGCCUAUAGCUGAAACAAUUAAUAAAAGUGUUCACUUAGCUAUAUUUCUGUUUCCUAAGUUCCCUAGGCCAAUGCACAUAAUGUUGCUUGCAAAAAUGAAAUCUUUAUAUAACCGUAAUCACUCUAUAAAACCCUGUAAUUCUGUUUGCUGCCAGUCAGUCGUCACUUCUCAUACAUUGCCAUUGUUGUGGACAAUAGGAGAACCUUAGAAAUUGCUCAUUGAAAACUUUAUCAAAUGUGGCUUCUUGUGACUCAAGUUAAACAUUACAUUUAAGAAACAAGACUGCAUUAGCAAUAUAUGAAAGGGAUUUGCUUCCAGUCUGCCAAAUAUACUCACUAUACAUUUUCUAAAGCUGACAUGUUCCAUUAAACUGAAAAGCAAUGUUUACAAUCAGUGAUAGAGUAGACAUUAUUAUUUUAAGACAGAUUUGUGUGGGUUGACCGGAAAACCUCAGACAGCUUUUAAACUUCUUGACCUAAUGAAAUAUAAUUGUGAUAAGCUAUUAUUUCUCUUGAAAUGCUCAGAAUUCAGGAUUUUCAGUUGAAGCUAAAAUAACAGGAACUUGUUACACAGUUCUAAUACUGGCACAAAAGUCCUUCAUUUGUGUCCAGCCUACCCCCCACGCCCACCAAUAGGAAAUCCUAAAGUAAUGAUUCUCUGGCUUGAAGCAGGGAAUUUGGUCACCUCUCCAGGAAUUUACACUGUACCAUGCAGACGACUUUAGUGCACUGCCAAGAUGGUGGAGCUCCUGCAAGAGAAUUGGCUGAUCCAGUAAGUGGGCCAGACUUUAGAUUUGUUAAAGUUGCCAUGGAUAUAGCAAUCAUGGGUACAGGCAUGUCAUGUCUGAUCAAUUCAGGUUUAUCAUACUCAAGGCCCAAGACCCAGUGUCUCCUCAUCCUUUAAGUCAAAGCUAGGGCCUCUUCUACACUGCCAUAUAAAAUCUAGAUUAUUUGCUUUGAACUAGAUUAUGUGGCAGUGUAGACUCAUAUAAUACAGUUCAUCAGAUAAUGUGGAUUAUCUGCUUUGAUUAUCUGGAUUAUAUGGUAGUGUAGAAUGCUUCUGCAAUGUGAUAAUGGACCUCUACCAUACAUUAUAAAUAUUAAACCUUUUACAUAUCUAUGGAAAUUUCAGUUACAAGUAACAGGUCUUCUUUCUGUUACACUUGACAUUUUUAAUUAAGCAUUGACACUAAUUAAACAAUCCAUGAUUGUUCUUUAGGUAAAGGUAAAGGUUUCCCCUGACAUUAAGUCCAGUCAUGUCCGACUCUGGGGGUUGAUGCUCAUCUCCAUUUCUAAGCCGAAGAGCCGGCAUUGUCUGUAGACACCUCCAAGGUCAUGUGGCUGGCAUGACUGUAUGGAAUGCCGUUACCUUCCC